AUGGCGGACCCGUUCGAGGUGCGCGUGCGCUUCAGCGCGCAGCUGCAGAACCUCAACGCCUCGGUCAACUCCGCCCAAAAGGCCGCGGCCUAUGCGCUCAAGUACAAGGACAUGGACGAGGACCUGCACUCAUGCAUCAUCGAGCAGCUCGAGAAGCCCCAAACGGCCCUUAACAAACGCGCCAACAUUAUGUACUUUAUUCAGCACUUUCUCGAGCUCGCCCAGCGCGAGGGCCACAAUGACUACGUCGGCAUGAUCCAGCGCGACAUUAUCCGCGUCGUCGAUGCCGUGGCCCCGGAGAGCGGCCAGGGCGCCGCCAACGUCAAGGUCGUGCGCCGCGUGCUGCAGGGCCUGCAGCAAAAGGGCUUUCUCGAAGCCCAGGCCGUGACCGAGAUCGAGGAGGUCCUCAAAGAGCGCGAAACCGACCUGCUGUCGCCCGUCCAUGCGGGGACGGACGGUGCAGGCGGACUGGCGAACGGCGAGGUCCGCGGCGCGUCGGGCGCACCAAGCGGCGAACGGGGCAGCGGCGAUGUCAUGGACGUAGACGGCCAACCGCCGUCACAGACGGUCCCCUCGCGGCGACACAACGGACGUGGCGGCGGCAGCGGCGGCACGGACCACGGCGGUGCCGGCGACGGGAGCGGUGCGGGGGGCGGUGAAUCGGCCGUCGAGCCCCCGCGCCGGCUCGACAAGCGGCAGAUUGAGGAGCGCAUCGAGGAGGACCGCGAGCGGCAUAAGCGCCUGCGCGAAAGCAUCUGGGCCGUCCCCAAAGGCCAGGAUGCGGAAAUGUGGCGGCUGUGGGAGGAGACGAGCGACCUGGGCGAGGAUGACCACCUGAUGGGCGAGGAGGAGGAGGCUGAGCGCGAGCGGGCGGUGCAGGCGAGCUGCCUGCAUCGUGCCGAGGCAGCACCGUCCGCCGCAAACGGGAAGGCUGCAUAG